AUGCGCAUACGGAAACCCUUCGCUGCCGGUUUCUGCGUCCUCCUGCUCCUCGCCGCAUCCGCCGGCCUCGCGCCCGCGCAAUACAGAGUCCCCGAAUACAAGCAGAGCGACAAAGUCCUACACUUCGUCACAUUCUUCGCCCUCACGGCAAGCAAUCCGCGUCUAGCCCAUCUAUGCUUCUACUGGAUCCUCGAAACGAACCGCCGCCGCAACCUUCAGCUCACCUUACUAGUCUGCACGGCGGUCCUGGGCGUAGGAUCUGAGAUAUUGCAAGGCCUCCUUCCGAACGGCCGCAUCUUCGACCCCUACGACAUCGUCGCCAACAUCGCUGGCUCGCUAUUAGCCCUGACCCUCUGCAACUGGUAUCACAAGCGCAUGCUCGAGCGAAAGCGACAAGCGAGAUACGGCCUCGUGGCCGGUGAUGAGGGCGACGACAGGGAUGUGGAGCUAGGCGAGGGCGUUGGAACACAGGAGACGGGCGUUGCUCGUGCUGCACCUACAGUUGAGGAAGAGUUAGACAACUGGGAUGAGAAUGCUGAGGAUUGGGAUGAUGGAGAGCCUGGGGGCACUGAGAGUGGGGACGGUGACGGGCCGAAGACGCCAAGUAGUUCUGUGGAUGAUGGCAUGAUGGAUCGGAAGAAACGAAGCGAUUGA